AUGUUGGGAAUUAUGAAAUUGUAUCGGAAGCCGUCCCCCAUACAGCAGAUCCACGCCCACAGCACAUUCACAAGUCAUCGCCGCCCUCAUUACCCCUUCCGUAUCAUCCCAAGAUCAGCCAGUCAUCAAAGACAAGGCGCCCUCAGAACCGCCCACGCAGCGGACGCCCUGCUGUGCCACUUCGCUCUCUCCGUGAAACACAAUUACGCGGCUCUAAAAUUUGAUUGUGUCGGCGGCGGCGACCACAGACUCGAGGCGCAAGGCUCCCUGCCGCCGAGGAUCAGCGAGCGGGCCGGACGCGUGGUGGCCCAGGCGGGCUCCCGGGUGACCCUCCCGUGCGUCGCCCAGGGUCAUCCGCCGCCGCACUACACGUGGUAUCGUGGAUCUACGCCCCUCACGCCCAGCAGCGGGGUAUGGACCGUGGGAGGCUCUCUGGUCCUAGGCGGUGUCGGCGUAGGUGACGCAGGGGAGUACACCUGCGUGGCCAACAACAGCGCUGGCGAGACGAGGUUCUCUGCGCACCUGCUGGUCACGACGCCCCUCACGGUGCAGGUGACUCCACGCGAGGUGCAGGUCGACGCAGGUGGCCGCUUGGAGCUCAGGUGCCACGUUUCAGGUGAACCAGUUGACACCGUCACCUGGUUCAAGGAUGGCGUUACUCUCAGAUUCUUUGAUGUCAGGCGGCCGCAUGAGGAUCCGGCCCCGGGAGUCCUUGCACGUGGCCCCCGUAGACCCGUCCGACGCUGGGUCUACCAGUGCGCGGCGACUUACGGCACGGACUACGCCCACGCCUACGCCCACGUCACUCUCGGAGCUGAGACUGGAUCCAUUGAGAUAACUGAUAUUACUAGCAUUACUACGAACGUUCUUGAUCCUCCUUCUGUUAGUGUUUUUACUACUAACACAACUGCAAAUGCAACUACAGCUAGUACUUCUACUACUACCAUUACUUCUUCAUCUAUAAUUACUUCAAGAGCCCGCCAGCCCACCAGCCCAUCAGCCCACUCGCUCCACCAGCCCACCAAUCCACCAGCCUCACCAGCCCACCAAUCCACCAGCCCACCAACCCCAGCACCAACCCACCAGCCCACCAACCCACCAGUCCACAGACCACCAGCCCACUCCACCAGCCCACCAACCCCACCAGGCCCAGGACCACCAGCUAACGAGGAAAGGAGGAAAGAAACUGCUGCGCCUCAGCUGGUGUACCGCUUCAUCGAGCAGACGCUGCAGCACGGGCCAGCUGUCUCCCUCAAGUGCAUCGCCACGGGCACCCCCACGCCCCAUAUCACGUGGGCGCUGGAUGGGUUCCCGAUCCCACACUCCCACAGGUACUUGAAGGGCCAGUACGUAUCAGCCCACGGUGACGUCAUCAGUCACGUGAACAUCAGCAGCGUGCACGUGACCGACGGAGGCACGUACAGCUGCACGGCGGAGAACAGCGCCGGCAAGGUCGUCCACUCGGCACGACUGAACGUGUACGGACCGCCCCACAUACGACCCAUGGGGCAGCUGUCAGCGGUCGCCGGGGAGACCUUUUCCGUGACCUGUCCUGCCUCGGGUUAUCCGCUGCACAAGAUCAUCUGGACGAAAGACGGCGUGCGACUCCCGACGGGGCACCGGCAGCGCGUCUUCCCCAACGGCACCCUCGUGAUCGAGCAGGUGACGCGGGGCACGGACGACGGGCAGUACUCGUGCACGGCCAUGUCGAGGCAGGGCCGCUCGGACACGCAGCAGCUGACCGUGCGCGUCAUGGUGGCGCCGGAAAUAUUGCCUUUCCACUUUGAGAAGAAGUUGCAACAAGGAACGCGCGCCGGCGUGGCUUGCAUCGUUAGCACGGGGGACCCGCCCAUCACCUUCACUUGGCAGAAGGACGGGCGUGAUAUCAAGGGCUCUGAGGACAUCUCCACGUCCAAAAUGGGCGAUUACAGCAACGCUCUGUUGAUCAACAACCUCACAGCCCAGCACAGCGGCGUGUACACCUGCACAGCCGCGAACAGCUGGGCGAAGGCCACCCACUCGGCCUCUCUCGACGUUACCGUGCCGCCCCGGCUGGCGCCCAUGGUUUUCCCCGCGGGUACCCGGGCAGGGAUGCGCGCGCAGGCCACGUGCUUGGUGCAGGAGGGCGACCAGCCCGUGUCGCUCUCCUGGACAAAGGAUGGCCAGCCCAUCGACCCUCAGCUUGACGUCCGCUUCUCGCAACUGGAUGUCUUCACCUCCAUCAUAGUGAUCGAGCGGGCCACGGCGGCCCACUCCGGCAACUACACCUGUGCGGCCACGAACCCCGCCCGCACCGCCACGACGACCGGCCCCCUGACCGUCAGCGUGCCCCCAGCCUGGGUAGUAGAGCCAUCGAGUGCCAACGUGGCCCUGGGCGGAACCGUGGCCCUCCACUGCCUGGCCAAAGGGUUUCCUAAUCCCACUGUCGUCUGGAGAAAGGAGACGGCCCUUCAAACUGAAAUUGAAAAUAUACGAGAAUCGGACAGCCGUUCCUCGCUCAACCUGAACCGUUCACAGCGUUUGAUGCGCCUGAAGCGGUGUUCAGUCUCAGGUGAAUUCGCGGGCGUGGCCACGGGCGAGGGGGGCGUGGCCGGCUUCGAGAACGGCACCCUGCUGGUGAGUCGCGCCGAACGCCGCCACGAGGGCCGGUACCUGUGCGAGGCCAAUAACGAGGUCGGCGCCGGGCUCUCCAAGGUCGUUACCCUCAGCGUCAACGAACCGCCGUGGUUCGCCGUCAGGAGCCAGCGCCAGCAGGUGGUCGUGGGCGCCACGGCGACGCUCUCCUGCGAGGCCCACGGGGACAUCCCGCUCAAGCUGGUCUGGACGAGGGACGGCGCCCCCCUGCCCGCGCUGCCGAGGUGUAAUGGGAAAGUACAUGUGGUCAAGAGUGUUACAGCUAUCAUUUCUAAAUACAGGCGAGUGGGCGUGGAAGAGGAAGGAUCUCGUCACCUGACCCUCACCUGGACGCCCCCUGAGGACUCCAAUGCACCCAUAUCCGCCUACAUCGUCACUUUCACGUCCCACGAUAGUCAGCCCUCGCAAGAGGGCCUGUUCGGCGCCCCUCGCGAAGUGACUGUAGAAGGCGACCAGAGGCGCGUCCGAAUCGAGGGUCUCCUGCCCGCUACGAUGUACGUGUUCACGGUCGUGGCGGAGAACAGGGUCGGCCGCAGCCAGCAGUCUUCGCCUCUCAGGGUCAAGACACAGGAAGAGGCCCCGUCAGGUCACCCGCAGAAUGUCAGGGUGGUGCCAGUGUCAUCGACGGCGCUGCAGGUGAGCUGGGAGCCGCCUCAUGAGAACCUUACCCAUGGCACUGUUCUUGGCUACUACUUGGGCUACAAAGAUGAUAGUGAGUCCGAGGGCGGAGCAUACAACUUCACCACCGUGGGCGUAGACAGCGUAGGCGUAACCACAGCCACGUUAGCGGGUCUCCGCCCCCACGCCCGUUAUUCCGUGGUGCUCCAAGCUUUCAACUCUCGGGGCGCGGGUCCGGCCUCGCCCCCCGCGCUGGGCACCACGCUCGAGGACAAACCUGGAGCGCCACCGGGUCACGUGACCUGUGAAACGGUGACGUCAUCCAGUGUGGUGGUGACGUGGUCGCCUCCUCCGCCUCGCCAAGCCAACGGCAUAAUCACUAACUACAGAGUCACUUACACGCAGAUGUUUUCCCAUGAAGAAGGUCGGACCGGCAGUGUGGUUUCCGAAGGCCUGCGAGCCACGCUGACCGGUCUGAAACCCUGGACCAACUACAGCGUGAGUGUAGCGGCGUCUACGAGGGCGGGCGAGGGCGUGCAGUCCCUUGCCCUCGUCUGCACUACUGAGCAGGAUGUGCCUGAAGCUCCAGCCCGCGUGAAAGCCGUGGUGUCGGGCCCUCGAGCCGCCGUAGUGUCGUGGGCGCCGCCCUUACGCCCACGAGGCCGCAUCACACGCUACACGGUGCACUGGGCGUCGGCGGGGAGUCGGAGCAUGCCCCACACCCGCCGCGUCGGCCCUCAUGUCACCCACUUGACCCUGCAUGACCUUCCACAUACUACACAUGAGGUAUGGGUCACAGCCUCGACGCGGAUGGGUGAAGGACCAAAGAGCAGUGUUACCGUCGUCACUCCUUCUCACACAGUGGGCGCGGGCAUAUGGGCGGUGGGCGGGAACCUGACAGCGGCGUGGAAGGAGGACGUGAGCUUGCCCUGCGGUGCCGUGGGCGUCCCCGAACCCGUGCUUACCUGGAGCCACGAGACGCUCCACAUUCCUGAGUCGCACUCCAGCAGGUUCACGGUCCAGCCGGACGGGACCCUCACCCUCACCGACAUCCAGCGGAGCGACAGCGGCCAGUACACGUGCACCGCCUCGAACCACCACGGCGUCGAUUCCGUGACUUACAAUCUCACUGUUCUGGUGCCUCCUUCGGCGCCCUCCCUCCACGUGACCGAGACGACGGCCUCCUCCAUCCGGGUGCAGUGGAGUGUGGAGGACACGGGCGGCGCGUCCCUCCAGGGCGCCACCUUGCACUACAGGUAG